AUGAAGAAUUUCCUUCUACUAGUGAGUCUAUGUUUCCUUGGAUCUGCCAGAGGAGCAUCAGCUCAAUCUGAUGAGCUUCUUGGCCCUAUGGAUCAUCAAGCAUCGGUUCAGCAACUCUCAAGUGACUACUUUUCACUUGCAAACCCUUCGGAUGAGGCUUUAUAUGAGACUUCUUCACUCGACAACACUUUAAGUGAGCAUGGCUCAAGUGAGACUGCCGCAGCCCAACAUGCUUCUGGUGAGCCGCUGGCAGUUGAACACGCAAGUGGGCCGGCUUCAGUUGAUCACGCUACUGCGGUUGAGCAUGCUCCAGGGGAGACUGCUGCAGGUGAGCGCACUCUGAAUGAGCACACUUCCGGUGAACAACCUUCUGUGGAACAACCUAUAAGUGAGCAGCCUCUAGGGGAACAGUCUGUUGGUGAACAGGCCAUAGGUGAACAGCCCACAAACGAACAGGUUGCAAGUGAUAAACCUGCAGGGGAGCAGUCUGCAGUGGAACCGAUCUCAGCCGAACAGGUCUCGGGUGAAUCAUCAGGGGAACAGCCCUCAGAACUCCCACCUUCAAGCACAUUUUCAGGCCCAUCGUUAAGCUGCCACACAUGCUCUUAUAUGAAUGACCAAGGAAAAUGUCUUCGUGGAGAGGGAGUCUGCUCCACUCAGAACUCCCAGCAGUGCAUGUUAAAGAAGAUCUUUGAAGGUGGAAAACUUCAAUUCAUGGUUCAAGGCUGUGAGAACAUGUGCCCAUCCAUGAACCUCUUCUCCCACGGAACCAGGAUGCAAAUUAUAUGUUGUCGAAAUCAGUCUUUCUGCAACAAGAUCUAG